AUGAGUGAUAUUUAAAAAUUGAAUGAGAAUGAAACUGAAGAAGAAGAACUUAAAAGAUAGGAGGAAGAAGAAGAUAAAAAGGAUAACGAUGAGAUGUUCAAUAAAAUCUUUAACAGCAUAAAAACAGAUAUGAAGGAGAGUAUCAAGAAAAAGAUAGAACUACCUUUUAAAAUAUUUAUCUAUUCUUUAGCAGGAUUAUUGCUUGGCCUUAAAAUGAUUGGAGGAUAUUCACCAACAGAAUCUAUUUGGCUACUUUUAGAUAUCACCUAUUAUAUGUUCUACUAUACAAUAUCAAUCAUUGCUUUUGCUUGGCCUAUAGCCAUUAUUUUAAUGCUAAAAAGCAACCCUAAUUCAGAGAAGCUAAAGCUUUAUAUUAUACUAGUUGUGAACACUUUAUUAAACUACAUAUUUCCUCAAUUUAGAUAUAUAACCACUACUUUCGUUUUAGGAAUGUGUUAUGUAGCAUUCAUCUUUAGUUGUCUAAUUGCAAGUUUCUUAAUUUUCUGUGGAUAUGCAAUUAUAAAAGAUAUAAUGAGAUAAAUUUGCAAAAAAGAUAAAAGAAAGAGAGAAGGCUAGGAGAAUAAUAAGACUGACUGA